AACCCCUCUACCACACAUCACAUAUCCUUCAACAUGUCCAACCAACCAGGACGCACCGACUGGGCCGAAGACGACGAGCCCGAUCUUGCCACCGCCCUCCCCGCUCCCCAGCACACCAAGAACAAGGACGGCACCGAAACCAUUGUCACCAUUUUCCUGAACGAUGACGGCAAGAAGGUCAAGCGCACACAACGCAUCCGCACCGUCGUGAAGCGAAAAUACGAGAAGCCCGGUGUCGCUGAGCGCCGUGCAUGGCCCAAGAUGGGCCUUGAGGCAGGCCGCCCCGCUGGCCCCCAACCCGAUACCACCACUCUCGGAGAGAACAUCAUCUUCCGCCCCCAGGUCGGCUUCAAGUCCGGCGCCGCCGAGCAGCCCACCGCCGAGGAGGACCAAAAGCAGCAGCAACUCAAGCAGAUGAAGAUCAAGUGUCGUAUUUGUUCCGGCGAGCAUUUCACCACAAAGUGUCCCUUCAAGAACACCAUGGCCCCCGAGGGCGAGGCCGGCGCUGGUCUCGCAGACCUCGACGGUGAUGUUGGUGCCGCCACUCUCCAGAACCUGGCUGCAGGCGGUCCCGCGGCAGGCGCUUCCGGUCCCGGUGGCUCUUCCUACGUGCCCCCGCAUUUGCGCAAGGGUGGUGCUGCUACUGGCGAGAGAAUGGGCGGCAAGUUCGAGAGAGACGACCUCGCUACCCUGCGUGUUACCAACGUUUCCGAAUUCGCCGAAGAAGACGAGCUCCGCGCCCUGUUCGAGCGCUUCGGUCGUGUCACCCGUGUCUUCCUCGCAAAGGACAGAGAAACAGGCAAGGCCAAGGGCUUCGCUUUCGUCAGUUUCGUCGACCGAUCAGAUGCCGCCGUUGCAUGCGAGAAGAUGGAAGGCUACGGUUACGGCCAUCUUAUCCUGCGCGUCGAGUUCGCCAAGAAGGCCACCUAGGAGUACCCCAACAACACCUUUUAGCAGAAGAAGGGCCGGAAGGGUCAAGGGUGGAGAUGACGGACCAGGCAAGAACGAAAGAUGGGCAAGGGAGCCACAAAGGACGCACCAAAAGUUGUACAAUUGCACGACCCCCUUUUUUCAUCCUUUUUUUCAGACACACGUUUUGGCGCUUUUAUGGGACAUGAUGGUUUCUUUAUAUCACGUA